GCGUCUGAUCACGUGCACGUGACGCUGAGCGAGAAGCUGGUCGUUUUUAUUUUGUCAACGCCGCCAUUAAAUCCGCAUCCAAAUCAACAUUCAGAGAUUAGAAACAGUAUUCGUCGACAUAAAAACGCCGUUCAACGACUGAUAUAAAGAUCUGACAGACCGAGCUGAUUUAAGUCUCUGUAAUGAGGAGCGGCGCGCGGAGCGAUAUUGCUGUCUCCGUGUCAGUGUGUGACCCUGAUGUGUAUGUGUGUUGUUGAGUGAGUGUGUGUGAGUGCGUGUGUGUGUGUGUGUGUGUGCUGAUCCAUCAUGACAGAGCUGUGUGUGAAGUGGUCGUGUGAGUACUGCACGUAUGAAAACUGGCCGUCUGCUGUUAAGUGCACCAUGUGCCGGGCGCAGCGGCCCAGUGCAACCAUCAUAACAGAGGAGCCGUUCCUGAGCGGUGCCGGACACCAGUGGGACCCCGUGGGCAACGACAGCCUGCUCAUCUGCCCUGAUUCCAGCGCCCGGCCCCGCGUCCGCCCAGCUGAGUCCUCCGAGCACAGCGGCAAAUGGUCGUGUCAGGUGUGCACUUUCCUGAACUGGCCCAGAGCGAUCCGCUGCACCCAGUGCCGCAGUGUCCGGCAGCGCCUGUGUAGCCCCACUGAAACCCCCCAGACGUCCAGGACCAGGCGGGGCCCCGCGGCCGGCCCUCCAGUGGAUCCGUGUGAAGAAUACAAUGACCGGAACCGACUCAACACACGGACGCAGUGCUGGACCUGCUCGGCCUGCUCGUACGAGAACUGUCCCAAAUCCUCUCGCUGCAUGGUGUGUGACCACCCCAGACCCAACGACGCCUUCCAGCCGCGCGAGCCUGACGAGCCCUCGUCCCUGAUUAACGAGCGGGGACCGCGGCCCUGAGCGCGGGGCGUGUGCAGCGGGGCGCAGCGGCACUCGUCUGCCUCCUCUAAACGUGAGGCGGAGCUGCAGAUCGAGCUGGCCGCUGGAGCUCAGAGCGGGAAGGAGGAGAUCGAGGUGGACUUCAAGAAGCUCAAACAGAUCAAGAACCGCAUGAGGAGAACAGACUGGCUGUUCCUCAACGCCUGCGCCGGUGUAGUCGAAGGCGAUCUGUCUGCGGUGGAGGCCUACAAGUCCUCAGGAGGAGACAUCGCGCGUCAGCUGACCUCUGACGAGGUGCGUCUGCUCAACCGACCCUCAGCUUUCGACAGCGGCUUCACUCUCGUUCACCUCGCCAUCCGCUUCCAGAGACAGGACAUGCUGGCCAUUCUGCUGACCGAGGUUUCCCAGCAGGCCGUCAAAUGCAUCCCAGCGAUGGUUUGUCCUGAACUGACGGAGCAGAUCCGCAGAGAGAUCAGUGCAACACUGCACCAGCGCAAGGGAGACUUCAACUGCUACUUCCUGACAGACCUCGUCACAUUCACCCUGCCGGCAGAUAUUGAAGAUCUGCCUGCUGCCGUUCAGGAGAAGCUCUUUGAUGAAAUCCUCGACCGUGACGUCCAGAAGGAGCUGGAGGAGGAGUCUGCGGUCAUUAACUGGUCUCUGGAGCUGGGCACGCGUCUGGACAGCCGUCUGUAUGCUCUGUGGAACCGCACCGCUGGAGACUGUCUGCUGGACUCUGUUCUACAGGCCACAUGGGGCAUCUAUGAUAAAGACUCGGUGCUGAGGAAAGCUCUCCACGACAGUUUACACGACUGCUCUCACUGGUUCUACUCGCGCUGGAAGGAGUGGGAAUCGUGGUAUUCUCAGAGUUUUGGGCUUCAUUUCUCUCUGAGAGAAGAACAGUGGCAGGAGGACUGGGCCUUCAUCCUCAGCCUCGCCAGUCAGCCCGGGGCGAGUUUGGAGCAGACUCAUAUAUUUGUUCUGGCUCAUAUCCUGCGGCGGCCCAUCAUCGUUUACGGAGUCAAGUAUUACAAGAGUUUCCGAGGAGAAACCUUAGGCUACACUCGAUUUCAAGGUGUUUACCUGCCGUUGCUAUGGGAACAGAGCUUCUGCUGGAAAAGUCCCAUCGCUCUCGGUUACACAAGAGGUCACUUCUCUGCUCUCGUUGGCAUGGAAACCGACGGCUACGAUAACCGCGGCGCAGGCGCCAACCUCAACACUGACGAUGACAUCACCGUGACCUUCCUGCCGCUGGUGGACAGUGAGAGGAAGCUCCUGCAGAUCCACUUCCUGUCAGCACAAGAGAUGGGCAGCGAGGAGCAGCAGGAGCGUCUGCUCAGGGAUUGGCUGGACUGCUGCGUGACGGACGGCGGGAUGCUGGCGGCGAUGCAGAAGAGCAGCAGACGCAGACAUCACCCGCUCAUCACACAGAUGCUGGAGAAGUGGCUGGAUGGGUACCGGCAGAUGCACCCGUGUCCCACGCUCUCCGACGACGAGGACGAGGAGGACGACGAAGACGAGUGACCCCCCGAAACCAUUUCAACACUGCUCCACACACGCCCUCUUUCCCAGAAUGCAGUGCGAACACCCCCAACAACAGCGAGGGCUGAAACUCUUUGUGUUUAGUCAAAUUAAUUUCAUUUUUUUGAAACUGUACGUUUGUAUCCAUCGUAUGUCGACGUGCUGCACGUGGCUCUUUAAACACGGAACCGUGAGAAUAAAAGAGUGUAAUAAACGAACACUUCCACAAAGCACGUGUUUUUAGAGGAUUUGAAUCUGAUCGCAGGAAUCAGAGUUUAUGAUUUAACUCACACUAAACGAUUCAGUAUGAAGACGUGCACAUUUCUCACAGUGUUUGUGUUCCCUUCUGUUCUUUCUCUCUGCUCUGCAGCGACACGCGUGUGUUUUGUUGAUUUGAUUGUAUUUAUUUAUGUCUCUCUCUCUCUCUCUCUCUCUCACUGGAUACUGACCCGACUCGUGCUGUGAGGAGAGUCAUGAAGCGUUUACUGACAUGUUGAACUUGAUCCUGUCCCUCAUUGUGAUGUGAUUCUGAACCGGAGGAGAGCGAAUCACAGGCUUUAACAUUAAACUACAAACACGUCUGCUCUCUCA